CAUCUCCUGUUGAUGAGAAUGUGCUUGGCUUCAUCACUUCUUUCGCACAAACUGAAAAGUGGAAAGAAAAAACAACGACCAGUUGGAGAGUGAAGAAAUAAUGAGGGCUUGCUUGAUUGUCAGCCUCUUGCUGUUCUUGUCGGGUGCGGCCCAUGCCUCCACCAAGAAGAAAGAAAAGAAAGAAGCAGCAUCUAGCCGCAAAAUCGGAACUCCUUUGCGUCGAGGAAAAGAUGUCACCACUUCCCGUAGACUGAGUAUCUUUACGGAUAAUCGUUGGAAGGACCGUGUAGGAGAUGUUGUUCAGAUUCCCUACUACGUUGAUCUAAACUUCUUUACUCCUUACGGCAAAGAACUGAUCGAGUCCAGUAUCCAGUCCCUUGCCAAUAGGAGCAAAGUGGUGCGAUUUGUGCCUCGUACCAGUCAGGCUGCUUACAUUCACGUGGUUGACAAGAGCGGCGGCUGCUCCUCUUGGAUUGGAAAAUCCUUUACUGGGAAAGAACAGGAACUGAAUCUAGCUCCUGGUUGCUUUGUUACUGGGAUCAUCCAACAUGAGUUCCUCCAUGCCUUGGGUUUUCAUCAUGAACAGGCUCGUCCGGAUCGUGACCAAUUUGUGACGGUCAAUAUUUCCAACGUCAUUCCAAAGAACAGACACAACUUUGACACUACAUUUUCAGCAGUGUUGGGAGCCGACUAUGACUAUGAUUCUGUGAUGCAGUAUGGGUAUCGAGCCUUUGCUAUUGACCCAAAUGUCAACGUUAUUACAGCUGCAGAUCCCACCAAAACGGAAUUCCUGGGACAACGAACAGGAGCAAGCGAGCAGGAUGUGAUUGAAAUGCGCCUCCUGUAUCAGUGUUUGACCGGUCCACGGACGUUGGCAGAUUACCAGGCCAAUCUUUGUACAUCCGACUGCAAGUGUUGGGAAGGUGCCUUUGGCUGCGAUGGAAACGACGAUGCGUGCCAAAGCUCUUUGACAUGUGUCAAUAAUGAAUGUGUGAGUGGGGGAGGAACCGGCGGAGGCACAUGCACAGACAAGCCUGAGUGGACAGAUUCCGAGGGUGAUCCGUGUGCAUGGUAUGAGGCAGAUGACAACUGUGCGCUCUAUGGAUCUGACAAUGCAGGUAUUGAUAGCACUACAGCCUCCGAGUCAUGCUGUGUGUGCGGUGGCGGAUCGACUGGUGGCGGCUCUGGCGGUGACGGCGGAUGUUCCAACAUUAUCGGCUGGGUGGACAUGGAAGGGGAUUCAUGUGCGUGGUAUGAGGAGAAUAAUGGAGAAGGUGAUGCUUGUGCACUUUACGGAGACAGCUUUGCCGAUUCUGUCACUGGGAAAACAGCCAAUGAGGCCUGCUGUGUUUGUGGCGGUGGAUCCCUUGCAGGAGUCACGUUGUGGAGUUUUGAAAACUCUGAGACUCCUGGUUUCUGCUUGGAUGUGGCUGCUUCGUCAACUGAAGAUGGUGCCAAUAUUGUGCACUAUCCUUGCGAUGGAAGCCCCAAACAAAAGUGGUGGGUUGAUAGCAACUACUACAUUCGAAGUGCUCUUGAUACGAACAAGUGCAUGGUUGGGGCACUUGGAGGGACGAGCCAGGGGACAAAUUUGAUCCUCAAUGACUGUUUUGCGAAUGAUGACCGCUUUGUGAUAAUCUACUACACAGACGGAACCUUCAGGCCCAAGAACGAUGAUACCCAAUGCCUUGGACCUUCCAGGGAAGAAACGGCAACACUUUUUGGAACCAUUACUGUCCCGAAAAUCAACUUUUGGGAUUGUACUGACAGUCCCCACCAGCAGUGGAGCGGAGUAUCGGCAGAGGAGGCCAAAAGGAAGCUAAGGGGCAAUGAAGAUGCGGAUCGAAUGCUACAACAGGCAACAGAAACGCCACAGCCAGAGCAUUGUAGUGACCUUCCCCUGGGUUGGUACGAUUCCUAUGGUGAUAAUUGUGAAUGGUACUCGGUGGGAACCCGUUGUGAUGAUUACGGCAGUGCCAACAGGAACUUUGGGAAAACGGCCAAUCAGGCGUGUUGUCAUUGUGGAGGGGGGAGCCUUAUUGAUGCCCAAGCAAUGUUGGAUGCCCCUCUUUCUGACCCCGUCCCCUCUACCAACGAAUGUUGGGAUCUUGUUUACGACUGGACUGACAAUGUGGGGGAUAGCUGUGUUUGGUAUUCACAGGGAAACAACUGCUUGUAUUACGGAGAUGAGUUUUCCACCCUUGACGGAAACGCCAACUUGGUUUGCUGCACAUGCGGGGGUGGAUCUACAACUCCACCGUUACUUGGUGAUUAUAUUGAGGAAAUUCCCGGUUGUAGCGAUUCCCCUGCCCAUUGGACCGAUGUGGACAAUGACGGAUGUGACUGGUAUGCGGAAGAUGACAACUGCCAGGUCUUUGGAAGUGGAUAUGCUGGCGAAGAUGGGAAAACUGCCAACGAGGCCUGCUGUGUCUGCGGGGGUGGGUACGAUCCGAAUGCUCCCCGAAUUGUGCCAAAUAUCACCGCUCCUUGUACGGAUGUUCUGGAUUGGACUGAUUCCGGGGGUGAUCCUUGCUCCUGGUACGAGACAGACGACCGUUGUUUUCGAUUUGGAACUGCCAAUGCAGGUCCAGAUGGCUCUACCGCAGUGGAAUCCUGUUGUGUCUGUGGAGGUGGAGCGGCCCCUCUCUGUAGUGACAAGGCAGAUUGGACCGAUUUGGAGGGUGAUCCUUGCUCGUGGUAUGAGAUAGAGGACCGAUGUUUGCAAUUUGGAAUUGCCAAUGCGGGGAUUGACGGAACAACUGCCUCGGAGUCCUGCUGUGUCUGUGGAGGAUCUGCUCCCGUGUGCAACGACAAGGCUGGGUGGACGGAUUCGUUUGGAGAUGGCUGUGUUUGGUAUCUGUAUGGUAAUCACUGUGAUGUUUACGGCAACGCCAACGAAGGAGAGGAUGGAACUACAGCCCGAGAGUUCUGCUGUGGCUGUGGUGGCGGAGAAGUUCAAUCGGAUUCUUGUUUUGACACUCCUGGUUGGGUGGAUGGGGCACAGGAUGAUUGCUCUUGGUACGAAUUGGAUGGCAGAUGCACUACGUUUGGAGGCUCGGACGCGGUGGCUAGUGCCGUUGAUGGCACAACCGCCAACGAAGCCUGCUGUGUCUGCGGUGGUGGAAGUUCUGGUUCUACCUCGGCUGUGGCGGCAGCCGAGGCAAAAUCCGCCCAAACGAAGAAGAAGACGAAAGGCUGGUUGGGUUGGCUCCCUGGCGGGCUUGAGCCCUGAUGAUCAGAGUGUCGGUUUUGAAUUGCUUGUUACAUACAUACGUGAAAGUGUCCUAUCCAUAAGUUAGUUGUACCGGUACAUGCACUAUUGCAAGAAGAAG